AGAGUCAAGUUGGAUUAACUCACGGUGUACUAUGAAUCUCAUUUCGCGCGUGAAAUCGUUCUCGGCGAAAAAUUAAGUCAGAUUUUGUGAUUAGUAAAAAUACACACGUUAAAGAUAUACAUAUAUGUUCGUAUUAACGCCAAUUUUGGAAUUUAAAUCGAUAAGUCAGCUGUACCUACAUUGACAACAAGUGCCGUUUUAUCAUAAGCGCAAUAUUGUUCAUAUUGCCGGAAGUGAUAAUAUUGACAACUCUAUUUCAUACUUCGGUUUUAACAUCAUCUACGGGGGCUGAAAACACUGAUCUCAAAUUAUGACAGAAAGUGAGCCUCUUAGUAAAUCAUACAAGCCAAAUGAGCAUAUCGUUCAAAAACCUAAUGCAACACGAAGCAUCAAAACUGAUAACAUCAAUGGAUCGGUUACCAAGCAAAUUUUCUCGAAAGAACACAUUGAAACGCCAUGUUGUCGCGAUAUUCAUGAUCAAAAUGAACCACCAGACGGAGGAAUGCGAGCUUGGCUGGUCAUGAUUAGUGCAUUUAUAUGCAAUGGCGUCAUUUUUGGAAUAAUUAAUACAUAUGGAGUCAUACAUGCUCUUUUGACAGACCGUCUCACAUCACAAGGAGACAAAGAAGCCUCGAGUAAAGCUGCACUGGUCGGCUCAUUAGCCAUCGGCGCCACAUUUUUAUUUUCGCCAGUUGCAGGUGUAUUAACCGAUAAAAUAGGCUUGCGGAUGACUACAUUGAUUGGUGGUUCACUCUCUGCCACAGGUCUUUUGCUGUCGUCAUUCUUUACGCUUAAUAUCAAAGCUCUGUAUUUCUCAUAUGGUAUAAUGUUUGGCUUAGGAGCUGCAUUGGCUUACACACCGACAUUGGCAAUUUUAGGGCACUAUUUCAAACGUUACCUUGGAAAAGUAAGUGGAUUUGUUACGGCUGGCUCCAGUGUAUUUACAGUAAUAUUACCGCCGGGCUUAGAUUUUCUAUUACGAAGCUAUGGAAUGGAAAUAACGUUACAAGUGAUGAGUUUAGUGUCCUGCUUUAUUAUAGUAUGCUCCUUCGUUUAUAAGCCUCUGCAUCCGCCACCUCAACCUCCUCAAAAUAAACGUGAUCGCUCUCGCGCUAAUAUACUAUUACUGUCCGGUAUUAACGUAAAUAUAUGGAAGCGAAAAAAAUAUGUGGUUUGGGCACUUUGCGUUCCAAUGGCUCUUUUCGGAUACUUUGUUCCGUACGUCCACAUGAUGAAGUUUGUACAGACAACGUUUCCGAGUAAAAGUGAGAAUCUGCCUGUGAUGUGCAUUGGCAUUACCUCAGGCAUUGGCCGUCUGAUUUUUGGUAUAAUUGCUGAUUUGCCAAGAAUAAACCGCAUAUACCUACAGCAAUUAGCGUUAACGAGUAUUGGUGUGAUAACAGUUUUUUUGCCAUUAACGAGUUCUUACAAUAUGCUAAUCGUUUUCACUCUGAUGAUGGGCCUGUUUGAUGGUUGCUUCAUUUCGUUGUUGGGCCCGAUAGCUUAUGAAAUAUGCGGGCCAUCUGGAGCCACGCAAGCCAUUGGAUUUUUAUUAGGCUUGAGUUCGUUUCCAUUAACAAUUGGACCACCAAUCGCUGGUAUGAUAUACGACAGCACAGGUUCAUAUACUACGCCACUUCUUUUGGCGGGAAUACCGCCCAUAUUGGGCUCAACGAUAAUGCUCCUAAUACGCUAUGUACCCGAUGAAACAAAAUUGGAUGCAAAUAUUAUAACUAAAGCCGACGACAAUUUAGAAGAUGGCGUUAAAAGUUCCAAGGACACUGCAGCAAGUACCG